CUCUUGGUCUGUGAGGCUCUGUAUGCUGUAUGUCUCUCGUCGUCCGGCGUAGCACUUACCUCUACUAACAACGAACUAAUUUGGCGAUGGAUCUUGGUCCGAUCCAUAAGGUACAUAUAACAGGCCUCGAGGUCCCAUCCUCUUGGGGCCUUGGAUCAUCUCUCCAUCUUCCUCCUGACCACAUCAGUAUUUAUUCAACAGCCAGAUUCACCUUGCACUAUUUCCCAUUACUCCCUUUUCUCUCCUCUUCAUCUACUUUGUCUUCAUCUUCAUCUUCAUCUUCGGCUUUGUCCUUCAUCUUCAUCGACAAGCCAAGCCACUCUACUCCCAUCAGUAGAUCAAGCGUGGUGUUGCCUCCAUCUCUUCAUCCUCUCUUCACGCGACAGCAAGAAGCCAAUCCAGCUCACCCUCCUCACACCAACCCUUGUUGCAUCGAAAGUGCAGUUUAGCCGCUUUCGAUUUUACCACACUCAGCCAAUUGAUCCCCUGCUGCAAGACCCGGACUCUCCAGAUGGCCGCGAGCAAUCAUGGGACGUGACAUACUUUCAACCUCCUCCUGCCGACCCU